AUAUACUUACAGGUAUUUUUAAAUACCUCAUGAAAGCUGGAAGGGAAUUUCCCUGAAUAGAAUUUCCGGUCGCCGUUUCGUUUUGUCUGUCAUAAACUGAUAAAGGGGGAAAAUCUUUCUAAUGAGGCAGCUUACAAACAUUACCUGAAAGGUACCAAAAAUGGCUCUUCGCUUUCCUAACAGAGAAUGUAUUGACAUAUACUUCGCCUGUGGAGAUAUCGAAGGCGACUGCAACCUUGUCAAACAGCUUCUACCCCGGUUGGAACGGUCCGGAUUCACCUGUUUCUGCAGGCUCCGGGAUGGAGAGGUUCAGCUACGUAUUGAGACAGCUAGAGGCGUCAUCCCUACAUGUAGUCUCGUCCUGGCCUUCGCCUCCAAAGGUUCCAUUGCGGAGGAUUGUAAAUACCUACAGUAUGAGAUUGCUCUGGCCAUGGACUUUAGGAGGAAGAUACUGAUUGUGGAACUAGAUGACGUGAAGAUACCUUCUUUGUUCAGGAAGCUAGAUUCUCUUCCUGGAAGAAUGGACCAACCGUUGGAAGACUGGGUUGGUAAACUUCUUAAGGGAAUAAAACAAAGGAUCCGGGGGAACCCAAAACCUUGCUACGAGAUUGACCUGGUCAAGGAAUUCUUGUGGAACAUAGAAGGGAAAGAAAAAUGUGAGGAAAUGGGCGCUCUUAGUAGAACCGUAAACAACUUUAUCGCUGAAAUAGCUCAUUUGAAGAAAAGAAACAAUGAUCUUAUUCAUAUCCGUAUGCAGGAGUGUGACGACUUAGAGACAGCAAAUCAGCGACUGGAGGCCCAGCUGGAAGAAAUGCAAGCAAAGCUCUCCGAUCGAAAUGUCUGCCCUUAUUCGUAUGCCGCGGAAGUGGCUGCACAGUGCGUCAAACAUCAGCAAGAGAAAGACCAGUUGAAGGCAGAGAUAAAAUGCCUGAAGAGAGCUGUGAAGAGGAACAAUGACAGUUCAUCGGAAGAUACCGUGGAUAGGUCUGACAGGAGAAUGGUAGAUAAUCUGUACAGAGUACUGUCCCUUGACGUUAACCCCAGAACAAGAUCCGGUACCAACACGGGGACUUCCGCUUCCGGUAUCAGGAGAGUUCCUUCAGAGGUCGCUGCUUUCUUCCACCGAUACCAGGGACUAAUAGGAUAUGACGAGAUUCCAGCGCUAGGAAGAGAAUUAGGACUAACAUGUUCUCAGCUCGAUGAGGUAGACAGGUAUAGAACAUCAGGGCUGUCCCAGAUGUUCUGGCAGAUAUGCAGAGAGUAUUCUAUUGGUCAGUCUGAGACUUGCAGCGUCACUCAAAUGGUUGGAGCGCUGGCCAAAAUAGGAAUUAACAUCGAAGGGAGACCAAUGAACACAGAACAGAGGAUUCUACUGGAAGGGAACCUGGACUACAUUUACAAUCACAUGAAGGAUGUGAUUAUCCUACUACCAGCGCUCCUAGAGAAGACAACACUAAACACGGCACAGGCCUCGUACAUUGAGGCGCCGAGGUCCUGUAGGCAACGGGUGGAAAGGUUGAUAGAGGUCCUUGUCACAAAGGAUACGGGAUUUGAUGACUUCUGUGAGGCCUUGGACUUAAGCGGACAAACUUGUCUAGCGGAUCACCUCAGAAACCUCGAAAGUAAAAUAGAAGCCAGGACACACGAGAAAAUCCCUUUUGAACAUGAAGACAAAACACGAUUGGCAGGAUCUAGUGAUGAGACAAGUUUAAAGAGGUCCGACCAAAGCACUUGAAAAGACGUGACUGUAAACUUGAUAGGUGUGACUGUAAACUUGAUAGGUGUGACUGAACUCUGUCAUCUAAAGCUGUAAACACGUAGAGUUCAAUAAUGGCUUGUUUAAUGAGACACAUAUAGUUAAUGAUGAAGAUGUAAUGUAUAUAUCAAAUUCUCACUGUAUGUAUAAAGGAUAAGAAAAAGGGAAAUGGAAUCUCAAUGGCGGAUAAGAAAGGAAAACUUUAAAACAUCGCAAACUUGAGCUGAAUAGUGGUCUUAAGGGGGAUGUGCUGCCAUCUUGUACAUUUGAAGAUAAGAUUGUAAAGAUUUCUUGAACUGACUGGCCAAAAAUGUUGCCAAAAGAUAUAAAAGCAAUAAAUACGAAGUCCUACAUGUCAUUUUGUUUGAAAAGUAUGCAUACAAAAACAGGAUAAUGCCUAUUUAAUCACUCAGAACAGCUGUCGAACUGCGCAGCUACAGACUUAUUUUGAAGAUUUAAAAAUCUGCAAAAUAUUAAGGGGGUUCAAUGGUGUCUUCUCAACAAUCAUUUGUUGAGAACAAGUUUGAAUUUUUCUAUAUUUAGUUUAAAAACAAGUUUAAAAUGCUUCAACUCGUGUUUUCUUCCUUGCUGAAGUUUAAUUGUUCUACAUUACAAUAUGUACAUAUAGACUAACUUGUUGUCAAUUGUUAUUUUAAUUGUUGUUUUGAAGGGAUAUGACACUUUGGAUCAAAAGUUACAUUUGAUUUAUGAAAAAGUUUAAAAGAUAGACUCAAAGAAUUAUGUUUAAAGUGCAAUCAAUGAUUUAAAAGGUAUCAGAAAAAGCCAUAAAAAAUGUUCAAAUCUAACUGGACAAAAUCAAAUCCAUGGGGUUUUUUUUAUUUGUGUCAUGUUAUGUAUGGACUAAAAUUGUAUAGUUAUAUUAAUUAUAUUGUUGUGAUCUUUAAUUUUAAAAAAUGGAAAGUAGGAUUUAUGGGUGAUAAAUAAAAACUUAACACAUCUAACAUACCUUCUGUCUGUUCCCCCCUUAUUAUCAAUUCACUCUAAUGUACACGGAUUGAAAUUUCAAAAUUUUCAAUAAGGACUAUAAUAUGGUCCUACUGAAAAUUUUGAAUUUCAACUCAUAUCAUAUAUUAUAUGAUAUGAGUUUAAUUUGGCCCCCAUAAUUAGCCAUUUUUUAAAAGUGUUUCUGGUAGGCCUACAAUAAAAUUUUUUGUUAUACUUUCAUGUUAAAUACUGAAAUCUGAUUGGUUUAGACGCAGUUCAUAAUCUGUUCUAUUACCCUCAGCGUAAGCAACGCACUUACCAACGGGUAACAUUACAAAAUGUAACAUGCGCGAAAAUCAUGCGCGUACGGUUCGCCUUGGAAUUCACGUUAUUCUUAUCUAAAAGCAGUGAUGUUUUCUUUAAAAUU